AUGAAAAAAGUCCCUGGACACAAGGGCAGGGGAGAUCGAGGAAAAGGAGGGGCUACAAAAGAAAUUGGGACAGCGCUUACAAGAGUCUGCCUCAGGCAUCGCGCUAUAGAGACAAGGAUGAAAACUUUUAUAAGUACAUUAAUGGAGCGCCUAAUCACACCCCUGUCUGAGCGCGCCGACGAAUGGCGUCGUGGCUGCAACACGGGCGCGUUGGGACGCGAACACGCCCGCGAAUGUAAGCGGGCUCGUGCGGAGUUGAGACGGAGGAUGCACGAAGCACAGAGACAGACAAGGAAGGCGAGACGUGCAACGCCCGAUAUGAAAAGAAGAAAUGACGUUUCUAUGCAGGAUAUCCAAGAACGGCAAGAGCAGUUAGAGGAGAUGGAAGAGAAAGCUGUCAAAGCAGCGUUUAUAGAAGAGAGAAGCCGCUUCUGUCACUUCGUGUCGUUACUCAACCCUGUCGUGGAGAGUGAAGUGGCAAUGCUAGCGGAAGUGGGUCAUUUACAAGAAGGAACAGAGCAGUUGGCGCGACACACUACGGAGCCCAGAAGUUUACCACCUGCUAGUUUACAGGUGAUUUGCGACGUUAAGUGCUGCUCAAGUGGAUGGGGCAGUGGCACCUGCCCAUCGCCCGUUGCCUCGAGAGUGGGCAGUCGCAAGUCGUCGUUGACAUCCAUCUGCUCGCUUAGCGUUUCCCACUCCGAACGACGCGAUUCGCAAAGCUGCUCAACGCCCGUGUCCAAUGCAUCAUCAGGGGAUACUACUCCAGCCCCACCUGAUGACUCUCUGAAUGGUAUUACACAGUCCCCAUUCCGGAUGGCGAGCGUGUGCAGCUCGGAUUCCGGUUUCCGAUCACAAGACGCACUGCAGCGACCUUCGCUUUACGUUGAUAAUGGCUCUGACAACCAAAGUGUAAACAGUGAAUGCUUAGUUACAAAAACCAGUGAUGAUCAGACCGACGAUGGACACGAUAUUAUGAAUGCUGCAUCAGCGACUUGGCCAGACCUGAAAGAUACAGCGCAGUUCGAACGAGCUGCUUCAGCUAUAAUGGGUGGAAGACCUCAUACCAUAUCAGCUGGCUCGGAGCGCAUUCACGGACGUCCGGCCUUAAGCGUACAUACGUUCACGCCCACGGACACGCCGAGGGACACGCCCAUUUACGCAAGACCGCCUUUGCCCACUAGAUGUUCAUCAUUGGAGAGACCGAUAGUACCGAGCAAGUCCAACUGUAUGCUGCAUAGCGAAAUGAAGCCAAAACCGUCUUCCUUGCCUCCACAUCUUACUAAAGAAAUGCCGCAAGCUCUGUACGUGAAUAUGUCAGAACUGGCAACAAUGGCGGCGUCGCGGGCGCAGCAACACAACACAGAAUUUCCUCAACAAGAAAAGGUUUGUUCGGAAUCCAGUGCCAGUGAGUCAUCUCUGGAAUCGUCGAGUGGGUACGGAAGUCAAGGUGCCUUCGCGGCGGAAGAUCAUGCUCAUCACCAGCCGUCUCACCCUGAUGUUGCGUCGGAGAUAGUGACUUUGCGACGCGACGACAGCGUCGCGGCCGCUCGAGAGAGCUUCUCGAUAUCGCUGGGAAGUCUGGAAGAAGCGGUCAGGUCCUUGGAUGAAGCCACCGAAACGCCUACUUUUGCGACUAUAGGGAAGAAACCGGCCGUGCCUAAGCGUCGACCUGUUUCUAUGAAUGCCGCUCCAACGGUAUGGUCCCGCCGUGGCUCAUCAAGUUCCGUGGGCAAACCGCCUCCACCUGUCAGAAGAUCUUCAUCCAUCUCAAGACCUCAGAGACCUUACGUUCAGAAUGUUCAGAAUCAAGUGAGCUCUAACGACGCGGAUAACUUGCCCCCACCUCCGGCUUUCCUCUUGCAGCCUGAUCAUGAUGCAAAUACAGCACAUGCAGGCAUAAAUGUAGCAGAAACGGUAAAACAGUUGACGGAAUUAAAACACAUGCCGGCCUCGCCUGGCCUUUUGCGACGUACAAUUAAUCAAAAUGGCCAAAAUCAAAAUUACGAUAACCAACUAAGCACGUUCCAUCAAGCGAAGAACAAUUUCAGUGGGAAUUUGAACCCUAUUUACGGGCAGACAGGGCACAGAAUUGUGGAGUUCGAGAAUUCUGUGUACGCCAGGAAGAAUAGCUUGAAUAGCUCGCAUUCGGAUUUAUUUAGAGAUGGACAUACGGGCAAUAUCUACGGUGAAAUCAAAGAAUCUCAAGCCUCAACUCCGUCGACGCCCAGCGUCGGAGAGAACUCCUUCACCAGCUUUGGGCCCAGGGUUCAUAACGACUCGCAUUAUGGACAGACUGGUUUCAAGUUGAAGCAAGAAACUCGUUUUGGCGGCAUUUACGCGCAGCCCGGGUCUACUCGCUCACACAGCGCCGACAGACACGCCGCAACGAGCGGUUUAAUCGCAAGUCUAAGCGCCAAGCUGGGACCGCAGCUGUCCCCUCGGACAGGACGAAGAACAAUUUCCACCAUCACACAGGCGGAUGGACAUAAACCAAAAACGGUCCCGGCAGUGAUCCAGCCGGCGUUCCUAGACAAGUUGUCAGCCACGAUACAAAAUCAACGACGUCAGUUAUCCACAACCAGAGCCAGCACCGUCAGGGAUCUCAUCAAUACUCACGCGCAGCCGGACCCGCGCGUCUGUCACACGUCACUGAUGGAGCAAAUAAAACGCGGUGCAACACUACGCAGGAACAAACUUUGCAACGAUCGCUCAGCGCCUAAGAUACGUUAA